AGCUCCAGUGGGCUUCCUAAAUAAUCGUCAGUCGACAAGCUCAACACACCCGAAGCCUUGCACUGUUAUCGCGACCAGGCCCAUCUAUCAACGUCUAUCUGCCCUUACAUUUCAGAAUCGACACUCGGAGAUACUGCUUCUGACACCCUGACUUAGCGCUGUCGAUUCUCCCAGCGAAACGUCCAACGAAGAACCCCAGCCGCCCAGGAUGUCGCCGGAGGAGGAGCGAAGACAGGCCCUCGACGCCUACCGGGCCGAGCUCAUCAAGUCCAGAGAACUCGAGGCUAAGCUGAAGACCACGCGUUUGGAGAUUCGGGAACUGCAAAAGGAGUAUGAUCGGACCGAAGAUGCCAUCAAAGCUCUGCAGAGCGUGGGUCAAAUAAUCGGCGAGGUUCUAAAACAGCUCCCCGACGAGCGAUUCAUCGUCAAGGCCUCAUCUGGCCCCCGCUACGUUGUCGGAUGCCGAUCGAAGCUCGACAAGUCCAAGCUGAAGCAGGGCACUCGUGUUGCGUUGGAUAUGACCACUCUCACCAUCAUGCGCAUGCUUCCCCGCGAGGUCGACCCGCUUGUAUACAACAUGUCUUUGGAGGACCCUGGCCAAGUCAGCUUCGCUGGUAUCGGCGGUCUCAAUGACCAGAUCCGCGAGCUGCGCGAGGUCAUUGAGUUGCCCUUGAAGAACCCAGAGCUUUUCUUACGUGUGGGCAUCAAACCCCCCAAGGGAGUUCUUCUCUACGGACCUCCCGGAACUGGCAAGACGCUGUUGGCUCGGGCAGUCGCUAGCAGCCUGGAGACAAACUUCUUGAAGGUUGUGUCAUCCGCCAUCGUCGACAAGUACAUUGGAGAGUCGGCACGGUUGAUUCGAGAGAUGUUUGGCUUUGCCAAGGAGCACGAACCAUGCAUCAUCUUCAUGGAUGAGAUCGACGCCAUCGGCGGACGAAGGUUUUCCGAAGGAACCAGCGCGGAUCGAGAAAUUCAAAGAACUCUUAUGGAGCUGCUAAACCAGCUCGACGGUUUCGACUACCUCGGCAAGACCAAGAUCAUCAUGGCCACCAACCGCCCAGAUACCCUAGAUCCCGCCCUACUUCGUGCCGGUCGUCUGGACCGCAAGAUUGAGAUUCCUCUUCCCAACGAGGUGGGCCGGUUGGAGAUCCUCAAGAUCCACGCUGCCGGUGUCGUCACUGAGGGAGAGAUUGAUUUUGAGAGCGUGGUCAAGAUGAGCGACGGUCUCAACGGCGCCGAUUUGCGGAACGUGGUCACUGAGGCUGGUCUUUUUGCCAUCAAGGACUACCGCGACGCCAUCAGCCAAGAUGACUUCAAUAAGGCGGUGCGCAAGGUAGCGGAGGCGAAGAAGCUCGAAGGCAAACUCGAGUAUCAGAAACUGUAGAGAGAUGACGAGGAAUGCAACACAUUAACAUAAUGCUGGUUGAAUUGCAAACCGGAAGCUCGCGGCUGGGAUGGCCUUCACAAGGGGCGAGGCCAAAGAUUCUGGGUGUGACCAGUGGAUGAAACAUAAAGCCGUGUGAAACUGUACAUUACCCCGAUCUGUGCCCGAAGAAUGGAGUUGGUCGAGAACAUGAUCAGGAGCGGUAUUCGAUUGCAUGAUACGGUCCUCGUACCUUUGCAAGCGUGACUGCAUUGCUCUUUAGGGUAGAUUAGUUGGGCCGUCCGAACUUGCACGUGCAAAGGGCCACGACUGAGCAACAGAUGCAUCAAGUCAAGACAGGAAGUACCACUCAUGGGAGGCGAUAAUUCUAGGUAGCGGUACCUAGCGCAGAAGCGGUAAAUAGAUCGGACUCGGAGACAGCGCAUUACUUGAUAGAAUACAGCUUGAGACACCGCCCACGUGCCG